UCUCUCUCUCUCUCUCUCUCUCACUCUCAUUCUCUCAUAACAAUGGCGGAUGAGGAAGAGAGACUUCUGGAGGAACAACUGGAGCUUCAAUUGGAAGAGCAAAAGGACUCACUGGCCGCUCUCCAGGAUGCCCUCGCUGCUGACCCUACAAAUCCCGAGCUUCUUCCGGUUUAUGAGGAGCUUGUUCAAGUUAUCAAAGAUGCAGAAGAAGGGCUCCUUCACUUGAAACGUGCAAGGUUGUUGCGAGAGGUUGAUUCAGUUCUACCAGGCUCCAGGUAUAUUGGUGAGGAUGUCAAAGCAGAGCCUCUUGAUCCGACACAUGUGGAAGCAGAACCUCUGGAGGAUCAAAGUUACUCUGUUGGAUCGAAAUGCCGAUUCCGCCAUACUGAUGGGCGUUGGUAUAAUGGACUCAUUAUUGAAUUGGAAGGAUCUAAAUCAGCAAAAAUAUCUUUCCUCACGCCAACAUCUGAAAGCAUGUUGAUAUGCAAGUUCUUUCUGCAGCAGCGAUGUCGAUUUGGUACUAACUGCCGCUUAUCACAUGGUGUUGACGUCCCAUUGUCUUCCCUGAAGAAGUGUGUCCCCACAGUGUGGGAGCAGUCACUAGUGGGAUCCACUAUUUGGGCGGUCUCUGACAGUAUAACUGGGAUCUGGAGGAAAGCUGAACUCCAGUCAUUGGAUGAUGAACAUGGAGUUGGGCAAGUUGUUUUUAGGGAUGAUGGAACAUCUGCAAAGCUUGGAACUGAAGCUAUUUCAUUAUCUGAAUAUGCUCAUGUGAGUGAUGAUGAAGAAACUGACACAAGCUCGGAUCAAUCUGAUUCUAGUGACUAUGAAGAAGGCAAUUUGCAGGGAUUAGGUUUUUCGGAAAGCAAUGGUCUGCGGAAAGGUAUCCAGACAGAAACUGCAAUUUUUGCGACGUGGGAGAAUCACACUCGGGGCAUAGCUUCCAAGAUGAUGGCUAAUAUGGGUUACCGUGAAGGAAUGGGUUUAGGUGUAUCUGGGCAGGGAAUUUUGGACCCUAUUUCUGUUAGAGUCCUCCCGCCAAAGCAAUCUCUUGAUCAUGCCCUUCAGUCCAAGGAAAAAGAAGAGGAUACAGAGAACCGGGGGAAGAAGAGAAGCAGAGGUGGGAAGAGAAAACGCGACAAGAAGUUUGCAGCAGCUGCUAAAGCUGCCAAGGAAGAGGAGGAAUCGAGACCAGAUGUCUUCAGUCUUAUCAAUACCCAGCUUGCAAUGCAUGGUGCAGCUUUGAGUGGCAGAUUAGAGAAGCAGCAGAGCAAAGGCUCCAUGGGAGGGAAGAAAGAAGACAGGCGGGCUUUACUGGCUUAUGAAGAUGAGGUGAAGGAGCUGAAAGUUCGAGUUGAUAAGCUGGAAGAAAUGGCGAGUCGAAAUAAGAGGGAGAAGGUAGUAUAUGAGGCUGCCAUGAGGAAGCUGAACGAGACUCGCAAAGCGUUGGCAGAUGCUGAGGCAACUCAGGCAUCUGCAUCCAAUGCAGUUGCCGCCAAAGAAAGGGAGAAAAGAUGGCUGAAAUUUUGAUCCUUGAAAACUCCGAAACUAUGUCAAUUUUGAAGUACUUGCCAAUCAAUCUUGUGUCUUUUAGAGGAUGGUUAUGAGUUGUGAUGAAGGCAGGCUGCAGGAAGCACAGGGGGGGAAAGAAGAAGAUGAUCUGAAAUGGCAAGGGAAGUUGGUUUAGUUGUAGGGCAGGGUGUCAUCUGGCAGCAUAUACUAUUGCCUAUCAUACACACAUUGAGGUUGAUAUCAUUGGAUUAAGCUAUCUGUCUAUUGGAUAUGGUCUUAUAAUUUUUAAUUAUUUUGGAAAUAUGUAGGAUUCUAAUAUUAUUUGAGUUCUCUACCACCUUAAAGAUACAUACUCUCACUUGAUGGAAACAUUCUUGGGCACCCA